UCCUCGGCCACCGUACCACUGUCGGAAAAGAAACGCGAUGGCGACGGUGCUGUUUGUUUUCCAACGCGGAGCUCAUAAUUGAACUCAAUUUUAUCAACGCAAUAACAAAAUACAGCGGAUAUUUCUGAAACUUUGCCAACUCAUAACCUACAGAAUAUAACAAUGGAUCCAGAAAGCAGAUCAAGGAAGAGGCACCAGGAGGAAGAGGAGGCACCAGGCUCAGAGGGAUCUGAGGAUGACGCGUAUGUGCCAUAUGUUCCUGUCAAACAGAGGAAACAAGAGAUGCUGCAGAAGCUGCUGCGGCUGCGGGGGAAGGGCCUGACGGAGGAGGAGCAGAGGGAGAGCGGAGGCGAGCAGAGGGACGAUGAGGAGGGCGUCGGCCCGCGCUCUAAUGUCAGCCUCCUCGACCAGCACCAGCACCUGAAGGAGAAGGCCGAGGCUCGAAAAGAAUCGGCAAAGGAAAAACAGCUAAAGGAGGAGGAGAAGAUCUUGGAGAGUGUGGCUGAGGGAAGAGCGCUGAUGUCCGUGAAGGAGAUGGCCAAGGGAAUCACGUACGAGGAUCCAAUAAAAACCAGCUGGAGGCCGCCACGCUACAUCCUGAACAUGCCCUCGGCGCGGCAUGACCGCGUGAGGAAGAAGUACCACGUCCUGGUGGAGGGAGAAGGAAUCCCUCCUCCCAUCAAGAGUUUCAGGGAGAUGAAGUUCCCACAAGCGAUAUUAAAGGGCUUGAAGAAGAAAGGCAUCGUUCAUCCCACGCCCAUUCAGAUCCAAGGAAUCCCAACCAUCCUCUCAGGACGGGACAUGAUCGGGAUCGCCUUCACGGGUUCGGGGAAGACUCUAGUGUUCACACUGCCCAUCACCAUGUUCUGCCUGGAGCAGGAGAAGAGACUGCCCUUCUACAAGAGAGAGGGGCCCUACGGACUCAUCAUCUGCCCUUCCAGAGAGCUGGCGCGGCAGACCCACAGCAUCAUUGAGUACUACUGCAAGCUUCUGGAGGAAGAGGGGGCCCCGCCCUUGCGCUGCGCCCUCUGCAUUGGAGGCAUGUCUGUCAAGGAUCAGAUGGAGGUGGUCAAACACGGCGUGCACAUGAUGGUGGCCACACCUGGUCGGUUGAUGGACCUCCUGCAGAAGAAAAUGGUGAGCCUGGACAUCUGCCGCUACCUGGCGCUGGACGAGGCCGACCGCAUGAUUGACAUGGGCUUCGAGGAGGACAUCCGCACCAUCUUCUCCUACUUCAAGGGCCAGAGGCAGACGCUGCUGUUUAGCGCCACCAUGCCGAAGAAGAUUCAGAACUUUGCCAAGAGCGCCCUGGUGAAGCCCAUCACCAUCAAUGUGGGCCGCGCUGGGGCGGCCAGUCUGGACGUCAUUCAGGAAGUGGAGUACGUGAAAGAGGAAGCCAAAAUGGUGUACCUCCUGGAGUGCCUGCAGAAGACUCCGCCCCCCGUGCUGAUGUUUGCAGAGAAGAAGGCGGACGUGGACGCCAUCCACGAGUACCUUCUGCUGAAGGGCGUGGAGGCGGUGGCUAUUCACGGAGGGAAAGACCAGGAGGAGAGGACGAAGGCUAUUGAAGCCUUUAAGGAAGGGAAGAAGGAUGUGCUGGUAGCCACAGAUGUGGCCUCCAAGGGGCUGGAUUUUCCUGCCAUCCAGCACGUGGUGAACUACGACAUGCCCGAGGAGAUCGAGAACUACGUCCACAGAAUUGGGCGUACUGGAAGAUCGGGGAAGACUGGGAUCGCCACCACCUUCAUCAACAAGGGCUGCGACGAGUCAGUCCUGAUGGAUCUGAAGGCUCUGCUGAUCGAGGCCAAGCAGAAGGUGCCGCCCGUGCUGCAGGUGCUGCAGACCGGCGACGAGACCAUGCUGGACAUCGGAGGGGAGCGAGGCUGUACGUUUUGCGGCGGUCUGGGCCAUCGGAUCACAGACUGCCCCAAACUGGAAGCCAUGCAGACCAAGCAGGUCACCAACAUCGGCCGCAAGGACUACCUGGCACACAGCUCCAUGGACUUCUGAGCUCCUCUGGACUAUUUCUCUCUGGCUGUCUUCACCCACCUCUCUCUCUCUCGCUCUCUCUCUCUCUCUUCACCCAUCUCUCUCUCUCUCUUCCUCAUGUUUAUCUGUCCUGUCCAAUCUCUCUCUCUCUCUCUUUCUCUUUCUCUUUACCUUCCUUUCUCUCUCAGUUGCCCUAUUUUGAAUAUUUUUAUCUGAUGGGCACCUGUUUUGAAGCUCCCUUAUCACGGUCACUGCCGGUGGGGUGGGGGAUGUAGUGAUUGCUCAUUUCCAGAACGUUCUGUAGGUAAAUGCCUCAAGCGUGUUUCCCUGCUCACCCUCACCACACUGCUGUAAAUCCCAUGUGCUUUUACAAGGCUUCCUUUUGUAUGGAUUUUCUGAAGGAAAACUCCAGUGUUGAUGUAAUGUAAAUAAAGUUGCAAACAGAGCUUGA